AUGACCACCACAACUUCAAAGUCUUUCUUUAUUCGGAAUAUUAUUUCUAUUGAUGAGAAUGAUGACAAUUUCAAAACCGAGAUUUCAGACGAAGGGUGGAAGCCUGCGAUGUCAGUCUCCUCAUCCGGGGUAGAAAACUUCUCCCAGGAUGCUGAUUUCAGCAGUUUAUCAGCUAAUAAGGGUGAGUCUGGUUAUGAAGAAUGUGAGAUUAGAGCAGUGACCACUCCUGCUAACUUAGAAUUGAGUUCAAGGAUGAUGAAUGACAAUUGUCGAUAUGAUGAACAGAAUUCGCUGACUAUUUCUCUUUCAAAUAGUGUUUUUAAUCAAAACCUCUGUCAAGGAAAACAUGAAAAACCCCCGUUCAGUUAUAAUGCCUUGAUAAUGAUGGCUAUUCGACAGAGUGUAGAAAAAAAGCUAACGCUAAAUGGAAUUUACGAAUUUAUAAUGAAUAAAUUUCCCUACUAUCGAGAGAAUAAGCAAGGUUGGCAGAAUUCAAUUCGACAUAACCUGUCGCUCAACAAAUGCUUUGUCAAAGUUCCUCGACAGUACGACGACCCGGGUAAAGGAAAUUAUUGGAUGUUAGACCCAGCAAGUGACGAUGUAUUUAUAGGUGGAGCCACAGGAAAACUACGGCGUCGUUCUACGUUAACUUCUCGUAACCGAUUGAACGCUUUAAGGCGUAAUGUUGUAUUAGAAAGUUUGCCGUACAUAUCUUCUGCUUUGAGCGGACACGCACAGGAAAAAGCAAUAACUUGGUCACCCUGUCCCUUGGCAACACCAUCUGUAUCUAAUCUUGAUUAUUCAAACAUUAUGCCACUGAAUCACUCCAUUGACACGUUACUAAGAGGGAUUGAUGCCACUCCAGGGUUUCAAAGACAAAGACAAGAUGCUUUUCGACAGACCUGUUUUGCUGCUCCAACUCCAAACCUGCAAUUUUCGCCGCUGCUGAGUUCUGGCUUUCAGGAGGGUUUCAUGUCUCUUCCUCUUCAGUACAAGAUCUUCAACAGCAAUAACAGUUAUCCACUUCCCAGGCUUCCUCCUUAUCCAUUGUCUCAUUCAUCUUAUCAAAACACACCUGGAGUAAUGAAGAGGGACACAAAACUCUUCCCUCUCUUCUUUUCCAAUAGCUCAACCACCUCACAAUCGAAUUCAUCAUCUCGGACGACUAUAAACGGCCACAUAUCAUAGAUAGA